CAGUGAACGCCUCGUUAAAAGCGGCCAGCCAAUCACAGUCCACAUCCUGCCGGAGAGAGAACGGUCUGUAAACCGAGUCAGCAGCGAGUCAUAGAGCACCGACCGGCGCCGGGACCAGCAUCCUCCUACUACUGCCGACUGUUCAUCUGACCCGAGACCGCCGUCCACCACCGGUUCGCGAGCAAAUCAACAGCCACCGCUGCUCCAAGAAGCCCAGAUGGACACCAGAAACUCUGAGGAGAAACCUGUCCAGAGAUCAAAGUCUUUCAGCUUCAAGACCCAAAAAGAGUUGUGCUCGUCAUGUGAGAAGACGGUCUACCCCAUGGAGAGAUUGGUGGCCAACAACCUGGUCUUUCACUCCACUUGUUUCUGCUGCAAGCACUGCAACGCCAAACUGAGCCUGGGUACCUUCGCCGCUCUCCAGGGGGAGUUCUACUGCAAACCGCACUUCCAGCAGCUGUUCAAGAGCAAAGGGAACUACGAUGAGGGAUUCGGACGCAAGCAGCACAAAGAGCUGUGGACCGCCAAGGAGACGGAAACCAAGACGGUUUAAUGGCGUCCUCGCUGGCCCCGCCCCCCCGCUCCUCCACACCUCCACGACCACCCCCGGGACACUGUUUGAAUCACUCACUAGCUUUUCUUUCCAUGUGAACAGGUACAAGUCUUGGGCCACGCUGACCACUGACUGGCCCCGCCCCCUUUAGGUCCCCGGCUCCUGGCGUGGAGCUGGUACUUGAUUGUGACCAAAAGCCUUCUCUGGUGUGGGGAGUUUUGUUUUGUUCUGUCAUUCUGUCAUUCUGGCUCCGUGCGUCUUUCGUUACAACAGCAGUACUCAGGUCAAUUUCCAGGAUCUCCCCCCUCUUCCUCUCUGUUUUUAUUCCCAGCUCUGCGUCACCCCCUUUUCUGUCGAAGCACUUGGGUUUGAGCGGGCACCACCGAGUGCAUCCCCUCUGAGCUGUUGCUGAGAACCGACCUGUACAUAGCCGUGGUUUGUGAUUUGUGAAUAUGUCGUCCUGCGCAGCACCAGAAAGUAAAGCCCCGCCCCUUAAAACUCUGAUUCUAAUAGAUCAGUAUUCACACUCAUCUACCGUUAUUUUAGGACCAAAGACGUUUGUCCUUGUAAAUGUUGGCGGGAUUGAGGUUUCAUCUGGUUAAAAUCGUUUCUUAUCUUUUAUAAAAGCUUCAUGCCAUGGUGAAGGCUUGUCUGUCUUGCCUCAUGUCAACAAGUCUGUAUCAAGACAGAAGCCAUUUUCAGUGAAUGGAAAGAUGGUGAGCUGAUAUUUAUCGCGCUGGCUCUUUCCAUGUUGCUGGUAUCAUGAUACGUUCAUGGCUGGUGGAUUCAUUAGCAUCGCUUUGAAAACAAAUGUUGCAGUCUCACGGACUAAAAUGGCUUGAAGUGAGUCCUAAAAAAAUCCGGUUUGUCGAAGGUCACGCCGACUAUGUUUACCAAGUGACAUGUGAGUAUUAGAGCAGUCGCUUUCAAAUGAAAAACAGAACUGCAUGGGAAAACAUCGGCUCCCUGCUUGGCAAGCACAAGGAGAUUUAUCAUUCUAAAGAUAUUUUUAGUCGACAUGAAACAUUCCUUUCUUGUUUGAAACUGAAAGACGUUCCGUCCCUCCUUGAGGCUAAAUAUACUUAAACGCCUGGACCUAAUUGUUCCACGUCACCAUGCAUGCUGCAUGCGAACCCCAGUGUUUGAAAACAUUCCAUCUGAAGCCUUUUUUUUUUAUCUUUUUUUAAAAUGGACUUCACUCCUGCAUCAUUUCAUAGACUCAGUUUUUACUUCGCGCUGGUCUGAGUCUUGGACUGUUUAGUUCUCAAAGUAAAGCCUUAUCGAUCAUGCCUUUUUUUUUUAAAGUAAUAAACGUGGAAUGACCCUCAUGCAGCUGUGUCACUCCGCACGUUGAUGCUGAUUCUGUGGUGUGUGCGAUGCUAAGUUUGUCGCCUGAAUGCUCCAAGAUCAUGAGUGUUGUAUCCAGAUGCUGUCCCCGUCCUCCGCCAAGGUACAGGAGUCUAUUGUUGAGCAGCGAUGGUACACUUCACGCCGUGAGGCUUUCAAAUGUUCCCUUCAUUUGUGUGAACUGUUUUAAAUGUGUUUUUACUUGACCUGUGGACGAGGUGGCCUUACAGCUCAAGGACUCGCUGAGACUUUCUGUCCCUGGACCAUUUUUAAAUUGGAGCGCUCGGUCAUGACAUCAGUCUUCACAAUCAUUUUGUGGAUUUGAAAUUUUGUCGGGUUUUUUUUUUUUUUUUACAUGCUUUUGGAGAAAACAUUAAAGCUGGUG